CACUGGCCAAGAUUUAGAAGCAAUCACAGAGCAAUUGGAAUCAAAUAAUCAAUCUGAGGAUGAUAAAGGGAGUGAUCUUGAUGAACGAUAAGGGCAAACCCCGUCUUGUUAAAUUCUAUGAUUAUCAUCCCGCUGAGAAGCAGCAAGAGUUGAUUCGAAGACUAUAUGGAGUUUUAAGCAGUAGAGCAGAAAAUGUAAGCAACUUCGUCAAGGUUGACUCCCUUUUUGGAUCAGAUGCUCGACUUGUGUACAAGACUUAUGCCACACUACAUAUUUUAUUCAUAUUUCACAGCUCAGAGAAUGAGCUUGCCAUGCUUGAUCUCAUGCAAGUUUUUGUGGAGACAAUGGACAAGUGUUUCAGCAAUGUGCGUGAACUUGAUAUAGUAUUCAACUUUAAUAAGGUGCAUGCUAUAUUAGAUGAGAUCAUUUUGGGAGGUCAAGUUCUUGAGACAAGUUCCUCAGAAGUGGUCAAGGCAGUUGAAGAAAUCUCUAAGAUGGAAAGGGCUGCAAAUUCAAUCAUGGCAGUUCCAUCAAUAACUGGCUGGCAAAGUCGAUAAGUUCUGUAGGACAAUUCAGAUCAUUUUUCAGCCCGUAAUGAUUGAACAGUGCUACCAAAAUUGGUCAAUGAGCUGGGCACUGUAUUUGUCAACCAAGUUGUUGAACCAUUACUUUUUGGUGCUUGAAAUUUCUGCACAAGUGUGUUCGGAGAACUACAGUGCUUGCAAGUUGAACUAUCCAUCUUUUCUCUGUAGAGUUGUGACGUUCCAAGUUUUAUCCCAUUUGGAGGAAUGAGGAAAAAUAAAAGUUACUUUGAAGUGAAUAUAAGAAAGUGUACAAGUGCUUCGUUAUUAUGAUAUUUCUUUUCAACUAGUUGUACUUAUUACAUUGUGUUUGACUGCAAGCUUUCAGCAUAUCAGAAACUGCAACUAUACAUGAAAAUGAGACUCUUGGGGCAUGUGCACUUAGUCAAACGUAUCUAUUUGGAA